AUGCCAAAGCCUCUGCAGCACGAAGAACGGAUCCAAUCAGCGGUCGAGGCCUUACGUUCAGGCGAAACCCAAAGCAUUCGCAAAGCUGCGGCUGCAUUUGAUGUACCAAGGGCGACUCUGCAAGAACGCGUCAAAGGGGGUGCUACGCGUCAACAAGCGCAAGUCAAGAACCGAAAGCUACACCCAACUGAAGAAGCAGCCUUGAUUCAAUGGAUCGAGUCACUGGACGACCGUGGUAUGUCGCCAACGAUCAGCUACAUUCGACAAAUGGCCGAUCUUCUUCUCCGCGAGCGUGGAAACUUGAUGUUGCUCGACGCGUCUAUCGCAACUACCCCGGUCCCUGCAAUGACUGUUGGCGAGAACUGGGUUCAUCGGCUUCUUGAUCGGCAUCCCCAUUUGAAGACGAAAUAUUCAAGAAAGUAUGACUAUCAGCGAGCCUUAUGCGAAGACCCAGAGAAGAUUUCAGCGUGGUUUGCACGGGUGCAAAAGACGAUCAACGAGUACGGAGUCCUCGGCAUGGAUAUCUACAACUUUGACGAGACCGGCUUCCAGAUGGGUGUUGCAAGUACAUCUAAAGUGGUUCUUUGUCGGCUACAAACCAGGAUACGGACACCGAGCCCCCCUCCUACCCCUAUCCAACCGCCAAGUCUGCCUCUCAAAACGCCAGUAAACACAAGAGGGACCGUGCCCGCUGCGCGCGUGCCCGCCAAAGGAAGCCUGGAGGAACGGGCCGGCGCAGCUGUGCUCCAGGGCUGGAUGGUGGUUUGGUCGCUUCGCGUUCUGCGGUUUCUGGGGCAACCGGCGAGGAAGAUGGAUUCUGAGGCAAGGAAGUGGGAUUUUGAGCACGGCCUAGUGAAGAGAACGGGUUUCUGCUUGCGACUACUCCGGGGCCAGCCGAUCAUGGUGUCGUUGGAUCCUCUUGGCGUAGAAGAAAAGGGUUUACAAGUCACAUACAGAAACGCAGUCCUGCACCUCACCCUCUUCGUUCCAUGGGAAAGGUUUCAGGCUGAGCCAGCGGACGAUAUACCAGGACUUUGGCGGUCGCUCGAGGGCCAGCUGGGCGCCCGAAUCCGCUCACACGUCCAGAAUAUCGCUCUGCUACGCGUCUCGGCGGACGAUGCCCGUGCUGACCGAAAGCUGCAAGGGCUAGAACAGGAAAACGAAGACGUCGUCGACGGGUUUGACUUUGAGGACCGGGAAGGGGACGAUGACGGUGUCGGACUGGAUGGUGGGGGCAUCGAUCCACAGGACCAUUACGAAGCUUUCUUGGAUGUCCUUUCAACGAUUCAAGGUAGCGAGAUCAAAGAUAUGACAGCGACUUCGGCGCUGAGGCGCUUGGACGAAGAGGCGAGGGCAGUUGACCCAAGCCAGGACGACAACAAUGCUGCCCAGCGUGGUCGCCAUUUCUAUACCAUGCUACAGGACCUCCAAGACUCGCCUUUCCGCGGCAUGGGACUGCCCAGCCGCGAGGAGAUCGACGCGGUAUUGAAGGUCCAGAAGAAAGAGGACAGCAGCGUCACGGCAAAGAUCCAAGGCAGGCAAACGAAUCCGUCUUCUGCGCAUGCCGGCGAGCCACACGGGAGCCCACGGUUGCCCAUUCACGGAUGCGAAAGAUCUCCAGAAGGGGUCGGCCCGGGCGGACAGAUGCGGCUCGAGCUCGGACGUUAUGCAACAUACGUCGAUGUGGCCCUGGGGCUCACAAGGCACUGGACCCUGAACAAGCUCCAGUCGAUGGCAGUCUUACUACCAGCGGCGUUUCUUGACGAGCGCGGCACACGGCUGCAGGAAGAAGGGGGUCGGCAGCAUUUCCAAUACAUCGGCGGCGAGGGCGGCACCGGCAAGUCUCGCGUCAUACACGCCAUCAAGGACAUGUUCCGGCUGAAGGACGGUCUCCACACGCUGCUCUUGACGGGCGCCAGCGGUAACGCGGCCGCGCUUAUCGGCGGAGUGACGCUGCACUCGGCGGCAAAUAUUGGGUUUGAGGGCAGGGCAGCGACAACAAAGAACAUCUCGGAAGAAGAGAAGCUGCGGUGGAAAAACAUGAUCAUGCUGGUUAUCAACGAGAUCAGCCAGGUGGGCGGUCUCACGCUCGCGGCGGUGGACAGCCGCCUGAAGCAGUACAGAGACGACCAGCAUCGACCGUUCGGCGGGAUCCCAAUGGUCAUGUUCUUUGGUGAUUUCUUCCAGUUCGACCCCGUCCUGCAGACCAGCCUCCUCUUACCAACGCCUAGGGACCCCGGUGGACAGAGACCGGACAGCUCGGCAAAGCACCUAGCAGCGCAUAAGCUGUUCCUCCAGUUCACGAACGUCGUCAUCCUCCGCGAACAGGUCCGCGCAGCCGGCUGUCCAAGGCUGCGGGGCUUCCUCCGGCGCCUGCGCAGUGGGGAGCAGACAGAGCUGGACUUCCAGCGGCUGAGCCAACGCGUCUAUACACCGUCGUGCGAGUCCUCCUUCGUAGAUGGUUUGAGAGCCAUCACACCUCUGAACCAAGACCGGUGGGACCUCAACAUGGCGGCCGUCGUCCAGUGGGCUCGUGCCCACGGCAAGCACAUCUCCAUCUUUGUGGCCAAGCACGAUACCGAUUCGGGGAAGCGACUAAGUGUGGAAGAGCUGUGCCGCGUGCUUCGCUACGGAGACGACUCCCAGCUGCCAACCCCGGGCUUGUUCUUCUACGCUCAAGGGAUGCCGGUGGUGGUGACUCGCAACCAGUUUGUCGGGCUACAGGUGGUCAACGGGGCGCCUUUCAAGGCCGUCGACAUCUUUCCCGACCUCGCCGCCGGCACCAUCGCGCUCGCCAGCGAUGUGACUCUUCAUCUUGGACCGCCGGUGGCCGUCCUCCUUCAGUCAGACGACAGCGCGGGCCUCGCCAUCCUCGGGCUCCCCAAUGGCACCAUCCUGAUCAAGAGCAAGACGGUCGCCAUCCCGAGCCAAAUGCGGGGCAAAGAAGGCAGAUGGAGGGGCAAGCCGGGUUUUCGGCGGGUUACCCAUAGAACAGGACCUUUUUGUACGCCGGCCUUCGCCAUGACAGAUCAGAAGAGCCAGGGAAAACAAUUCUCGGACGUCCUCGUCAACCUCAAAGGCGUCCACUUUGGCGGCACGGCGACUCGACCCAGCUUCAUGAGCCUGUACGUGCAGCUGUCGAGGGCGCAGAGCUGGGACGGGCUGCAUCUGUUUCGGAAACCGGCGCGCGGUGACUUUAUCGAACCCAAGAAUGUGCUUGAUAAAGACAUGAAGGAGGCCAUCCUCAAGCUGGAACGACAGGGCGAGGAAACCAGACGGCGGUUCGAGCAGGACCACAGGCACGAACCGUGA